GGCGGAGUGAAGCCGCUAAAACAGCUCGUGCGAUACCGAGUGUGGCGUUAUGAUAAUUGUAGCAGGCUUUCCAGCUCAUAAAAGUGUGUUGUCUCGGACCCUGAUCAUUAAAAAAAAGUAGAGAGGACAAUGACAAAUCUUUGAUCGCCGAUUUAUCAUCCGUCACUGGGAUACUGCCUUUGAUUGUGUAUUAUUUCGUGCAUUUAGAUCUUUUUUUGUCUUUCAGCAAGUGAGUUUUUCUGUUUUGGUAUGGAUUAGAUAGCUAGCAAGCAAGCAAGCAAGCGAGUGUCAAGUCUGGAAUGUCGACACAGCGUGUUGUUUUUGAAAAGGUCAUUUAGAGGUUCUUUUUAUUGAGAUUUUAGCGACCGUACAGUGAAUGCAUACAUAUUAUCGCUUUAGUCUACUCGGACGUUGUCAUAGCUUAGACAUAAUAGCCUAUUGCGAUGUUAACGUUGAACUAAAGUCAUUCCGGAAAGCGCAACUGUGCCUGGGCUCUAUUUAUUCCUACUCAAACAUUUUUGCCUUUUCCUUUGAACUUAAUCGUAUUUUAGAUAAGCACAAUACCUUAUCCACCGACUUGUCAGAUAUGAGACGCGGUGCAGCCUAGUAGCUAUUGUGUCACCACCUGAACUUGCAAAAACUCGGUCUCUAGACCGUGUUCGCUACUUAAUCGAGGAUCUGAAGUGAGGAACAAACUGUUAUGGAUCUUCCUUUGGAACUGACAAUGAUAACACAGCCACCGAUGAAGAGGAAGCGUACUGUCGAGGACUUCAACCAGUUCUGCACUUUUGUGUUAGCCUACGCUGGUUAUAUCCCUUAUCCGACAGAGGAAUGGCAGUGUAAUAACAGGUUACCGCGGGACAGCCCACUCCAUAGUGAAGGCCGGGCUUCCCCUUCUUCUUCCUCCUCCUCCUCCUCCUCUUCCUCUUCCUCUUUCCCUGACUUGCUCUGCGGCCCUGGUCUGGGAAAAAGGGGCGGAGCAACACAAGGCAAGACGCCCGAGAGCAGGAAGAGGAGGAAGCGCAGGGAGGCCGCGUCGCACCAGGAGCAGAGGCCCCACGAGAGGCUGGCGAAGCCCCCCAAAACCAAGGUGUCCCCCAAGAAGCUGGCCCACCAGCCGCCCCAGUUCCAGUGGAGGAACGUCGGCUUUCUCCGCGACGGUCCCCGCGCGGGCGGCGAGGUCGCCCCUGCCUUGCCCCUCCCCGGACCCCAGCGCGACGCAAGGGAUUGUGGGUCUGCGAACCGUGGGCCGAGUCAGCGAACUGACCGGGGCCCGGAGGACCACAGCACUUUGAGUGAAUCCAUGGCGAGCCAUGCAGAGAGAACCGUGACUCCUCCUCCUCCUCCUCCUCCUCACUUCACGAGCCCCGCCCUUCACCCCGUCAGCCAAUGCGAGGAGAGGCCUGCCAGUGACAUCACCACCGUGCCCAGCAAGGGCAAACAGUGGGAGGGGCCGUGGGACCCGUCGGCCACCAGAGGGACUGAGCGCGUGCGAGAGGGGGAACGAGGGAACGGUGCCCAGGGAGAAGGAGAGAGAGAGAGCGGGAGAGACGGCAGCAGGGUGCAGGAGGAGAGGGGAGGGAGCAGGAGGGACGGCGGGAGGGUGGAGGAGGAGAGCGGGGGAACGGACAUUCUGCGGCUGGUGAUCGAGAGGUGUCUGGCGCGGCACGCCCUUGACGACCAGGACACUGGUUACCAUAGCGACGGCGGUAGCGACAUGGACGCGCGCUCGGUCACUGCCUCCGCUAACAGUACAGAGGACAUGUCUGGCAGUCAAAGUCAAAUGGAAGAGGAGGACUCCUGGGACCUGAUCACCUGUUUCUGCAUGAAGCCCUUCGCGGGACGUCCCAUGAUAGAAUGCGGGGAGUGCGGCACCUGGGUGCACCUGUCCUGCGCCAAGAUCCGCCGCACCCACGUGCCCGAGGUGUUCACCUGCCAGCGCUGCCGCGACGCCAAGCAGACCAUCCGCCGGUCGGGGCGGGCGCGGUCCGGGCCCCGCAAACGCUUCAGCGACUAGCGCGCCUGGGCCCCCCCCCCCGAUGAACCUCUGAACUACGGCUCAGCAAACCCCCCCCCCAUCCUGGACCGUUCCUCAGCAAGCACUGGUGCCCAAUCGGGAGCCUGGGAGCGGCAUGCAGGUUUUCGUUUCAGCCAAUCACCGCACCUGCUGAUUUCACCCUGAAUUCACACACCUCCUACCAUAGUGGAGGGAACUAAUUGGUGGAAUCGGCAGGUGCAGCGGCUGGUCGGCGUGAAAAACCCGCAACCUCUCGGCCCUCCGUGGCACAUGACUUUGGCACCGCUGACUUUCACCAGACACGCAUUACAGCAGGGCUGCCCCGCCCUGUUCCUGGAGAUCUACCGUCCUGUGGGUUUUCAGUCCAACCCUUACAAAGCCACACCUCACUCAACAGCUAGAGCAGGGUUGCCCAACCCUGUUCCUGGAGAUCUACCAUCCUGUAGGUUUUCACACCAACCCUAACAAAGCCACACCUCACUCAACAGCUAGAGCAGGGUUGCCCAACCCUGUUCCUGGAGAUCUACCAUCCUGUAGGUUUUCACAUCAACCCUAACGAAACACACCUCAUUCAAUAGCUAGAGAUCUCAUUGAGCUGAUAAUUAGUUAGAGUCUGGUGUGCUAAAGUAGAGUUGAAAUGAAACCCUGCAGGACAGUAGAUCUCUGGGAACAGGGUUGGGCAGGCCUGCAUUGCAGGCGCUCAUACCCAGAGUGACUUAAACAGCUGUUGUACCUUUUUUACCCAGUAUCCAUUUCUACAGCUGGAUACGUCCUGAAGCAGCUCUGCUUCAGUGCCUAAUGCUCAAGGGUAUGGCAUGUGGCAGUGUCCUGCGUGGGAGUCAAACCUGCAUACCUCAGUUCCUUACUCAUCACACUGCGCCACCGCCCGAAUACACUGCAUUUAAUUGAUUGAUGAAAGCAACUGACUGCAGAGUAGACUCACCUCAUCCGGCUUCCUGGUGCAGAACUGGACGCUGAUUUCAAGGUGAAGCAACCAAACCCCCCCCCCACCGCGUUGCCAGAUAUGCGGCUCCCGGGCUCCUUCAGUCCUGGAAGUUUGAACUCCUGGAAGUUCCAGCUGGCAGCAGUGUUCCACCUGCUUUUCUGUGGUCAGAUUUGGAAUGUCUUCGCUUCAGCAGCUGGGAGAUGGAGCUCUCGGGAGUUCUGAAUCGGUUGUGAAUGGAUCUCUGCCAGGCGCUGAGAGUAUUAACUCAGACAUGCAACAGACAUCGCUCUGAUGGGGGGGGGGGGCCUGCUCCCCUAUGUUUUUUUAAUUAUUUUUUUUUUUUUUACAUUGAUCUCCAAAGAUCUCUAUGCCAUUGUUCAGGGGGGGUGACUUUACUGCUCUGCAUAGUGCAUUUCCCCACAUUCUGUAAAUAUCAAUACCCAGCUGGAUUUUAACCAGACAGACUGGCAAAGCCCUGCAAGCUCUUAUCGUACUGUUCGGCAGCACCCGAUUGGACAAGGCGGGCCCGACGUGCAUGUGCGCAUCAUAAAGAGUCUUCCAGUCGCUAUGGUGCUGCCUGACAAGGAGAGAUUCCAUUGGUCUCUGAACCACCAUGCACUAAAGGGCUGGCCUUUCCUCCUGUGACCUCUGACCUUUUCCCUACCACCACCACCUCCGAGCCCCUCCAGUAUACAGGGGAGGCCUGAGAAUGGGGGUGCGGUCACAGAAGUCGCUCAAAUGAAAUUGGACAGAUGAGUUAAGAGACCGUUUUAAGGCCUGGUUCUCAGUCUCAUCCAGUUUUGCACUGUACAGUGCAGCUCUCCCUCUGUUCUCAAGGUGAAUGUGUACAAAGAAAAAAAAAAAAAACCCUGUAAAUAGUUUUUGUUUCCAGUUCUUAAAAGUUCUAUAAAUAAAUAAAAAGUGACAAAAAUAGUUGGUGUUUGGGCUGUGGAUUGCAAUGGGUGGCGCAGGGCUUCCAGUUAACAGGGACAUUGUCGCCACAGCUGAGUUAGCAAUAACUCUCGUGCCAAUAAAUCAGCAGGAAGCAGCUUUUGAUAAGUUUUCCAGCACCAGAGGCAAAUAUGCAAGUUUUUAAGCUUUAGAAAUGGGGCAGAGGAACAGCGUUCCCCGAACAUUGCGUCCAUUCCCAGUUCUCAUUUCUACCAAUAACUGA